GUCUGCACAAAGCGAGCAUUAAUCACUUGCUGCCUCUCCCUCUCUGCCAUUUUGGAAGCGGAGUUAUGCAACCUCUCUGGCGAGUUACACAAGCUCAGUAACAUGGACGAGGGAAUGUAGCAGGCUGCUUUGAGAGAAGGGAAAUAAUAGGAGGAGAUUUCACGUAUCAGACAAGCUUCCUGUUCCCUUCGUUUACAGGAAAUAAACAGACAAGGUCAGAGACGGAAUUAUAUCCUUGAAGAAAAGCAGCUUGUCCCAGAGCCCUCCCCUUCAGUGUGACAUUUGUGCGUGAGGGAUUGGGGUGCUGCUGUCAGCAUGGAGCUAGCGUCGUGUCUCCUAUUGCUGCUCACUGGCAGCCUUCUCUACUUUCUCAUACAGUUCUUUAGGCUGAUUAUGGCAGACUCUGAUCUGACUCUGCAGUGGGCAGAGUAUUGUGGGCAUACCCCAGAAAGCAAACUUGGUGGCAAUGUGGUUUGGGUAACAGGUGCUUCCAGUGGGAUUGGAGAAGAACUAUCUUAUCAGCUAGCCAAAAUAGGCUGCCCUCUAGUACUGUCAUCCAGGAGAGAGACUGAAUUACUCAGAGUAAAACAAAAAUGUCUUGAAAUCAGCAGUUUAGAGGACCAAGAUAUCCUGAUUCUUCCUCUUGAUAUGACCCAAACGAGUAUGCAUAAAGAAGCCACAGAGAAAGCUUUGCAGCAUUUUGGUCGAAUUGAUAUUUUAGUAAAUAACGCAGGACGAUCCCAACGAUCACUGUUUGUGGAAACUAACCUAGAUGUAUUUCGUGCACUGAUUGAACUUAAUUAUUUGGGAACAAUUUCUAUCACCAAGCAUGUCCUCCAGCACAUGAUUGAGAGGAAACAGGGAAAGAUUGUAAACAUAAGCAGUGUUGUAGGCCUCAUUGGAGCACCUCUAUCAAGUGGAUACUCUGCCAGCAAGCAUGCCCUUCAGGGAUUUUUCAACAGUCUUAGAACUGAAUUGACCGCUUACCCUGACAUCAUCAUCAGCAACAUAUGCCCUGGACCUGUGCAGUCAAAAAUUGUGGAAAAUGCCUUAACAGAGGAGUGUGAAAAGGUGCAGAGCAUAAAAACAGAUCAAUCACAUAAAAUGGCAACUAGUCGCUGCGUUCGGCUUAUUUUAAUAACAGCUGUAAAUAACAUAAAAGAGGCCUGGAUUUCAUGCCAGCCAUUUUUAAUGGCAUAUUAUCUGUGGCAAUACACUCCAUCUUUGGCAUGGUGGAUUACUGCAAAGGUUGGUGAAAGAAGAAUAAAGAACUUCAAAAGCGGAGUGGAUGCAGAUUCUUCUUACUUUACUAAAAAGUCAAGAUAAAUGUAGAUGACUUUUACGAUGAACAAAUAAAAGAUUUCAAUAAGAAAACAAAAUGGACUUUAAAGUCAAGAUAAAUGCUGAUGACUUUUACGAUGAACAAAUAAGAAGACAAAAUGGAAUUUACCAUUUAAAUCCAUAAACUGCUAAAGGGCGCUGCUAAUUCUUUCUUGGAUCACUUCCACAGCCCAGCUCAUUCCUUGCUCCUUUUAACUGCUGUGCAGAUGCACUGCCUGAAAUUGUGACUUGUCCGCACAAGCUGCUCGGCUUCAAAUAUCUGAGAUAUUCACAAAUUGCUCUGGAGUAAGCUAAUUCCACUGAAGUUUUAAUGAUAUACGAGUCUGUAGGGCCCAUGGGAAACAGAGAACUGGAAUAUCAGGUUCUUAAUAUCUGACUGUAUAAUGCCCAGGAGGAAUCCAGGUACGAGAUCAUGAAAAUGUUGUCCAGUUGUUUGCCCACUGAAACCGGCCAGUAGGUUGAAUGAGCAAUAGGUUUCAUGGCAAAGUCUGUUGUAUGGGGCCGUUCAUGAAAGUCAUGAAAAGAAUCUUUGAUGGGGAGUGCCCACUCACUAUGCUCUUGACCACAGCAACCUGCAUUAGAUACUGUCACUGUGGUUAAGAAUCAUUUUGUGAACUUUCCAUUGAAGUUUAAUUACUACUAGCAACAUGUUGAGGUUUUAUUUAGCCUAAGGAACCAAAGUGUUGCGGGUUCAGAUAUUUGUAGAAUAUAUUUCAGUGCCUAUAUACACAGGGCUCAGGUCUGUGCCGUAUUUUACACUGUAUAUGCAAUGAACAUUAUAUGUAUUAGGAUUUUUAUGAAAUUUGAAAAUAAAGUCAUUUCAACUGAU